GAAAAGAAACUUGUUACGGUGAUAAAGAGAACUGCUAAAACAGGAAAUGAGGUAACAACUAAAAUUUCGGCAUGUCAGCUAAUCAAUCUUAGGCAACAAAUAACAAAAUUACAAGCUUGCUUACAACAAAUGUCCCUAGCUAAGCAGACUGAAGAGGAAACUGAAGGGCUAACCAACCAGGUCCUAGAUGAAAUUGGAGUUGAUGUUGCCUCUCUAUUAUCAGUAUCGCCAAAAGGAAGAAUUGUUGGGAAGACAACCGAGGAUGCUAAUAGGAUGAAACGGAAGAGGAAGACCUUUAAGGCCCCUUGCAUUAUGGAUGAGGCUUUACGUGUGCGGCAUGAAGCGAAAGAGGAAGACCUUUAA